CUACUUCCGGGUUCCAGCAUUCUGGUCCAGACCCAGCUCUCCGCCUGUGCAGCGCACACACUGGCAGCGGGCAGCAGCACUGAUCGGCGCCGAUCGGCGGGACUUCCAGCGAGAUCGCGGGGCAGGAGGAAGGAGCUGCCGCUGCUGCUGCUUCCGCACACCCGGAGAGGAGCCCCUGCGCCCGGCAUCUGGACACCACUUCUCCGGGAGAUCGCCCAUCAUUCAUUCAGCACCUUGACAAGCGGCGCACCUAUGAUUGACAGCUCAGGUGGCGCACAGCCAUGAGACUUUCCUCUGCUCCUUGCGACUUUUAAGGGGGGGAAAGGAAAGGGAGAAAAAAAAAAAAAAGGAGAAUUUUUUUUUUCUGCUCUGGGAAAAGAAAAGUCUUGAGAGGCUGAAUGACUCUUCUGUGCAAACUCUGGGAACUCGGAAGAAGGAUUUAAUCUCCUGUCUGUUUCUCUCUCCUCGUCCCUUGGAGUAAUUGAUUGUCAUUCACACUGGCCUUACAUAGGAUAUAUCUGAAAGUCAAGUAGCCAGGAGUUAGGAAGGCCGAUGGCUCAGAGGUACGACGACUUGCCCCAUUACGGUGGGAUGGAUGGAGUAGGGAUCCCCAGUGCCAUGUAUGGGGACCCCCAUGCUGCUAGGUCCAUGCAGCCUGUGCAUCACAUGAAUCACGGUCCUCCUCUGCACUCCCACCAGUACCCGCAUACCGCCCAUACCAACGCUAUGCCCCCCAGCAUGGGCUCCUCAGUCAAUGACGCCCUCAAGAGAGAUAAAGACUCCAUCUAUGGACACCCCCUGUUCCCUCUAUUAGCACUGAUUUUUGAGAAAUGUGAAUUAGCUACUUGUACCCCCAGAGAACCAGGGGUGGCAGGCGGUGAUGUGUGCUCCUCUGAGUCUUUCAAUGAAGACAUUGCAGUAUUUGCCAAACAGAUUCGAGCAGAAAAGCCCUUGUUUUCUUCUAAUCCGGAAUUGGAUAACUUGAUGAUCCAAGCCAUACAAGUAUUAAGGUUUCAUCUAUUGGAAUUAGAAAAGGUACAUGAACUGUGCGACAAUUUCUGCCAUCGGUAUAUUAGCUGUUUGAAAGGAAAAAUGCCCAUAGACCUGGUGAUCGAGGACAGGGACGGUGGAUCCAAGUCAGACAGUGAAGACAUGACCAGAUCAGCAAACCUAACAGAUCAGCCUUCCUGGAGCAGAGACCAUGAUGACACAGCGUCGACUCGUUCUGGGGGUACGCCAGGACCUUCCAGUGGGGGGCACACGUCGCAUAGCGGAGACAACAGCAGUGAACAAGGAGACGGUUUGGACAACAGUGUAGCCUCACCGAGCACAGGGGAUGACGACGACCCAGACAAAGAUAAAAAACGUCAUAAAAAGCGUGGUAUUUUUCCUAAAGUAGCCACAAACAUCAUGAGGGCAUGGCUCUUCCAACAUCUAACGCACCCCUACCCCUCAGAAGAACAGAAAAAACAGUUGGCACAAGACACAGGUCUCACCAUACUUCAAGUGAACAAUUGGUUUAUAAAUGCUAGAAGAAGAAUAGUCCAGCCUAUGAUAGACCAGUCCAAUCGAGCAGUAAGUCAAGGAACACCUUAUAACCCUGACGGACAACCCAUGAGUGGUUUUGUAAUGGAUGGUCAGCAACACAUGGGAAUCAGAGCACCAGGACUGCAAGGUAUGCCAGGGAAUUACAUAUCUUCGACUGGUCCGAUGGGUAUGAGUAUGGGACAACCAAGCUAUCCUCCAUCGCAGAUGCCCUUACACCACGCUCAGCUGCGUCAUGGGCCGUCUGUGCAUACCUACAUUCCUGGACACCAUCACCACCCAGCGAUGAUGAUGCACGGGGGACCACAUCACCCUGGAAUGCCGAUGUCAGCACCUAGCCCCUCAGUACUUACUACAGGAGAUCCAACGAUGAGUGGGCAUGUAAUGGACAUCCAUGCUCAGUAAUUUAAAGGAAUAUGCGUUGUCUGCAAUGACAAAAAUGUCACGUACUUUGUUUCUGCCACAACGGUGGUGUUCCGCUCUUGGAGUCCAUGUAGGACCAUGACCGUUUUUUGACACAGGAACAUCUGAAAAAGCAGAAACAAGACGUUGAAAUCAAGUCUGGGGACACAAUAAAUACGUAUAUAAGACAUUAAAAGAACAAAGAUUGAAAUAUUGUAAAUGAUAUUAUACUGUUAACCAUAUUAUGUUGUUUCUUAUAGAUUUUUUUAAAAAAAUGUGAAAUUUUUCCACACUAUGUGUGUUGUUUCCAUAGCUCUUCACUUCCUCCAGAAGCCUCCUUACUUAAAAAAAAUAAAGCCUUACAGUUUACCCUGCAGAUGACAGAAAGUCCUCAUUUGCAGGUCAUUUUAAAGCAUUACAAUAAGUAUGUCAGGCAGAAGACUUUUUUCUUCGAACCAAGGAUUUCAGCCAUGCGCUCUUUCUCUGCAGCUUUGUCUCUCGAUUUUUUUAUUUUUUUUGUCUCCCUGUCUCUUUCUCUCUAGCCUGGGGCUUGAAUUUGCAUGUCUAAUUCAUUUACUCACCAUAUUUGAAUUGGCCUGAACAGAUGUAAAUCGGGAAGGAUGGGAAAAACUGCAGUCAUCAACAAUGAUUAAUCAGCUGUUGCAGGCAGUGUCUUAAGGAGACUGGUAGGAUGAGGCAUGGAAACCAAAAGGCGAUGUGUAUGGAGCAUAAUUGUCACAACAGAGCAUCAGUGUCCCCAUUCAGCAGCAACAACAACCAAUAUGUGCAUAGCUUCCUGUGUCAUACAGCUCAAAAGCAAGAACUGUAGAAGAUUUAUUUUUAAUACGUUGACUUUCUUUCUCGGCAAGGCGUCAGUCAUGCAUACAUCUUUCCACAGUCCCAUCAUGGAACAUUUAUGUAAACAUUGUAAAUAAAUUUUGUGCAAAAAGGACUGGAAAAAAA